GAAAGCAGCGGAGGACGGUCAGAAGUCAGCCGAAAGCGGGGUCUGUUGUGGUGGAGCCUUUUCUCUCACACUCACUCUCACUGAAGACGACUCCUCCUCAGGACCCACGUAGGAGCGUUAGCCGCUCGUAGCUAGUGUUAAAAGAAAGUCAAGGCAGCGCAGUGAGGACGUUUAACCUGUUUGUUUUGACUUUAUUUGCAAGACUCUUUUUAAAUGCAACGCUGUUUGAUAUAUGAGAAGACGAUGGCAGCCGAGACGAGGAACGGCGGGAGUUCGCUGAACAACAAUAACUGCAAAGACCACCGCAGGAGGAAGCUGCUGGUCGGAGUGGAUCUGUUCUGCUUGUUCUUAGCCGGCCUGCCUUUCUUGGUCAUUGAGACCAGCGCUGUUCAACCUUACCGUAGAGGGUUUUACUGCGAUGAUGAGUCCAUCAAGUACCCGGCCAAAAACGGAGACACCAUUAGCGACGGUGUGCUUAGCGCUGCUGGCAUUCUUAUCACCAUCCUCUCUAUCAUCAUUGGAGAAAGCUACAGGAUCUACUUUCUGAAUGAGGGAUCUAAGUCCUUUGUAGGGAACCCCUACAUCUCUGCUCUCUAUAAGCAGGUCGGUGUGUUCAUCUUCGGCUGUGCCAUCAGUCAGUCCUUCACUGACAUUGCCAAAGUGUCAGUGGGCCGCAUGCGCCCACACUUCCUUGACGUGUGCAAACCAGACUUCUCCACUAUCAACUGCUCCCUGGGCUAUAUCACUGACUAUCAGUGUCAGGGGCCAGAGAGCAAAGUUCAAGAGGCCAGGAAGUCUUUCUUCUCCGGACAUGCGUCAUUCUCGAUGUACACCAUGCUUUAUCUGGUGUUCUACCUGCAGUCUCGUUUCACUUGGCAUGGAGCCCGCCUGCUGCGCCCUCUGACCCAGUUCACUCUCAUCAUGAUGUCUUUCUACACUGGCUUGUCCCGUGUCUCUGAUCACAAGCACCACCCCACUGAUGUCCUUGUAGGUUUUUUACAAGGAGCCAUGGUGGCCUACUGCAUAGUUUUCUUUGUAUCAGACUUGUUUAAACCCAAAGGCAGACGUUCAACCCUGCUGCCAACCCCAGUGAAGAAAGAUCUUGUUCCUCCAGCAGACAUCAGAGAACGAAGCAACCAUCUCAUCAUGGCAUAGAGAAGACUGCUAACAAGACUGUAUAUAACCCUGACCUGUGCCAUUUAAAUCACUACUAUAGCCACUGGGCAAUACUGGGUAAGGUAAAGCCCAACAAUCUGGAUAAUGCAGGCAGAUAUGGAAUCUUGAAAGGACGAGAGGAGGCUACGGAAAAACAGUCAAGCCAGUUGUGCCUUCUGAAUGGAAAAGAUCAUCUUUUUCCUCAGUCUCACCAGACAUUUUAAUGUGGAAAAAUAGAAAGAACCAGGGAUACUUGUCCCUCUUCUCCUGUUGUGACAGAGAUCUGCCUUGUAGAUUCUACUCUGUCAGGGCCUCUCUAUGGACCGACGCCUGAAAUGAAAAUGAGAAAUGGCAGCUGCAAACAAAGUUGUGUAGCUUCUCCCCUCAGCUUCUUUCAGCAUGGGCGCUACAGUCAUAUUGCUGCCUCUCACUCACUGUGUUACUAAUGCAAACAAAUCAUGCAAAGAAAAAAAACAAAUUCCUUGAUUUGAGGAAGGAUUCUGUUUUAGUUUGGUUUUAAUACAAACAUAAGCAUCGUACGUACAUGUGAUUUAUAGCACUAUUUUAGCUAAACUCAGUACUGUUUGUCACCACUUGAAUGAUCCUGAAGUGAAGCUUUUGGAAAGCUUUGUAAGCUUUUAUUAUGUCCAUAAUGUAGGGCACAUGAGUUAUUGUAGGUGGAAAGUACAGUGAAGGUUUAAAUGGUGGAUGUGGGCCUCUUUCUGCUGGCUGGGACGAGCCCCCACUGAGCCAUUUAAUGAAAUGACUGUGUUAUAUGUACCAGACGGGUGCUCGCAAGUGUAAGGUCAGAGCGUGCGGGUGUGUGAGCAUCGGGUGUUUCACUUGUGUGUAUGUCGCUGUGUGCCUUUUGUGUGUGUGUGUGUGUGUGUGUGUGUGUGUGUGUGUGUGUGUGUGUGUUAAUGUCAUGUCUAUGUACUUCAGCGUUUAAAGCCUACAAGUUUGCCUCUCUCCAACCAGAGAACAGGCACCUGCCCCAACAGACGCGUGUAAACUCGAGACUGGAACACUGUGGAAAAAAAGCAUAAUCAUCAGUACAUUACUGUUAUAAAUCAAAGUGAUCAUUCACAUCACUGAGAAAUCCUAUGAUAUACUGUAUGCUAUGCAGACAUUUAGGCUACAUCCUCACUGCUUACUUUUCGUUUGAAAAUGCAUCAGCUUGGUUGCGGAUACUCCUGGUGUCCACACUACUCCAGAGAGCCGCUGAAACUGAGAAGUUAUUAGAUGCUGCUGGCCCCAUUUUAGUUUGAUAGUCUGCAUCAUUUUAUUCUGGAGGGGCAGAAACAGGUGAUUGGAAACGAUGACACUCACAACCACUUGCUGAUUGGAUCAUUUCGGUCACAAUGUAGUAUUCGCUUUGGUCAGGCUCCUAUCAUAUAACCACAUACCAGAAGAAAAUAACCGGUAUUAGCCUCAGCUACUAGUUUAGAACCCAACAUGGAUAAUCAAUUACAAGCAUUGCUGACCCUGUUGUCUUUCCUAAAAGCUUUUGUGCAGUUCAAUUCUCCAUUUUACAAUGAUUAUUAUAUUACAAUGAUUAUAUUACAAUGUAAUAGGACGCUUUAGCCUUCCUGUCUACACUGGCAUGCACAUGCCCAAUGUAUGUGACUGGUCAACUGAUGUACGUUUUCAUGUGUGUUAGUUACGAUGCAGAUUUAAACUGAUACAGACAAAAACGCUCAUGUGGACAAAGAUCGUUAUAGCUUGAAAAUGCUGUUUCAAAUGAAAACAAGAGGAUUUAGCCUGACAUGCUCCAAAGCAAGACAGAGACUAGAGCAUUGGUUAGGUACAAUAGCCUUUCUGUACCAAAGCACAAUUUAGCAAAA